AUGUAUGAACUACUCUUCUCGAAGCGCAAAGCUUCUCUUAACCAACAUAACAAUAACCAAGAGGACGAAGCUCUUUCGCCCUCCAGGGCCUCCCUCGGCACCUUUCCUGCCGAAAUUAUAUUCUAUAUUGCCAAAUUCCUCCCUCCAGACUCGCAAGUCUGCCUCGCUCUAACCUGCCACUCCCUCAUGCGCCUCCUCCACCAGUCCCUAAAACACCGCAUGCUAUCCUUCCCCAGCUACCUCAAACAAAAGCCCGACAUGGCCGUCUGGAUGGCACACCCCCCGCCUGAAGAAUACCCUUUCCCCGUCAGACAACGGCUCCUGCGAGCCCUCGAAAACAAGCACUGGCUGUACUGCGCCUCGUGUCUCAAGCUGCACCGCCCAAAUGCGUUCCCGUUCUAUACGCGUUUCAGACCACCCAGAAAUCGCUACUGCUCUCUCGGUAAACAGCCAACCAUCGUCGACAUCUGUCCGGGGUACUCGCUUUCCUUCCAGCAAAAACGGGAGCUAGUCCUACGACUGAAAUCCGAAAAGCAGGAGCAGGAGCAGAGGCAGAAGCAGGCACUUACAGACCAGCACCGGCACCAGCUACAGUCACAGUCAGAAACAACAGCCCUACAACUCCCAUCACCAUCACCACCAUCCACGCAGCGAAACAUCCUCCUCACCUUCCCCGCUGAAGAAGAGUAUCCCAAACCCCUAAAAAUCUACAUCCAAGCCACGCCCUCUAUCCAGGACUCCCCAAAGGACGCCCUCAGCUUCUCCGUGCAAUACGCCUAUCAGAAACGCAAGAAUGCAACCCCUAGCCCGAAACCGUACAUCGCUCAUUGCUGCCAUCCACUCAGCAACUGUAGACACGCCGUGAUUCCCGCAAAGGUCUACAUAUGCCCGCACAUCUCGAUCAACUUUGACACCAUCAAUAUCCAGAUGCCGCAGCCGUGCUGGAUGACAGGCUGUUCCUACUGUCAUACAAAUAUAUACCAGCAUAAAUCUGGCGCGUGGAAUUAUCUCCGGGUUGAGUUGUUCCUUGGGACUCGGAAUACUCGCCCGGAUAAGUUUUGGUUGGGCCAUUCGAGUCCAGUUUAUUAUCGAUCUUUGGGGAAGGCUAUUUAA